GUUAUUGCGACGUAACUGCCGUGUUGCGUUAAAGUCACGCACGGCGCAGGACGCUCGGGUACGUGCCUGCAUGGGGCCGGACCGAGCUGGGUCUUGUAGGCGUCAGGAGCACACGGCGCUUUAUCUGCCGUUGUGCUUCUGUACUGUAUUUCGAGGCUUCGAUUGUAUUUCGAGGCUUCGAUUAACGGCCUGUGUGUUAGGCCGUUCGAACAAUUGUAUUACUGUAUUUCGAGACUUCGAUUGUAUUUCGAGGCUUCGAUUAACACUUCGAUUGUAUUUCGAGGCUUCGACCCCUACGACUGCGCGCCCGCGACCGCAGCCAGCUACCUGCAGGAGCUCACGGAGAGCGCUCGUCAGCGUGGUGUGGGGCCGCAGACCAUUGAACAGGCCAGCGCAGCUGUCACAGCCCACUUCAGCCUGGUCGGCCGCCCCUCCCCCAUGCAACACCCUCUGGCGGCGCUUCUCAGGGAGGCGGCGCGGCGCACUCUCGUGCCGCGCCGCCGCCAGCGGGAGCUACUCACGUUCGACGAGCUAGAAACAUUUGUGGCCUUCCACUUGCUGGACCCAGCAGCCCCCCCGUCGCUGGAGGUGCGCAUGCUGGUGACCGGCUGCGUGCUAGCCUUCACUGGCUUGCUGCGCUUCGACGACCUGUCUCGCGUGAUGGUCCACCAUGAACUGCUGCGCGUGGAGCCUGGCGCGGCGCUUGAAAUCCACUUAUGGCGCAGCAAAACGGACCAGCGCGCAGAUGGUGCCGAUGUAACCAUCGGCGCCACCGGCGGCCUCUCGUGCCCGGUCGCGCUGGUGGAGCAGCUCUUCGCCGCCGGCGCCUAUAACCGGUUCCCUGGCGAGGGCGAGGACGCCGGACCCCUGAUGCGCGCCGUCACCCCCGGCACCGAUGGCGCCCAGCGCCUGCAGCAGGUGACGGCGCCGCUCGCGUCUCCCAUCCCGGCCCUGCCGUACUCGUACGUGUACCCGCGCGUUACGGAGCUGCUGCGCGCCGCCGGCAUCACAAAGAAGGUUGGUACGCACUCGUUCCGCGCGAGCGGCGCCACUGCCGCUGUCGAGGGUGGAGCCGACCGCACCUUGGUUCGCAAGACCGGCCGCUGGGCCGAACACUCCAAGGUGUUCGAGAAGCGCUAUGUAAAGGAGAGCGCCGCCACCAUGGCUGCCGUCACCCGCGCCAUGACCUUCCGUCGUUGAGAACUACUACCAAACUCUGGCAGCACUUUCGGCCACUAGUGCAACCUCAACACGGGCGGGCUUGGGCGGGCACGGCGGACUUGGUGGGGUUAUCGGGAACUGUGCGGCCCGAGCUAGGAGGCCGUAGUAUGAAGGCCGCUGCGGGCCGCAAGUGAGUACGAGGCUGCUUAAGGAAGGCAUGAGUGGAGGCCAUUGUCGGUUUUGAGAGAUUGGGAUUGUCGUUUGGGGCCGUGGCGGUUUGUAACGCUACACGGCA